UGCCGGUCCGCUGGUUGUGAGCGCGUCUGAGGCGCCUGUCCGCGCGACCUUCCGCGGAGUCCAUCGCCGCGCCCGCCCCGCCUCCCCGGCCGCCUUGCCCGCGCAGCGGCGGGCCUGGAGCGAGGGGCUCGGGCCCGGGGGCUGCAGUGUGAGCGUGGGCAGGUCUCGCCCGCCCGGCCUUAGCUCCCCGUGUGGGAGGGUGGGAGGCGCCUCGCCGCUCUCCCGCCCUGAGCCUUCGUGACAUUCUGGGCAGAGUGGACACAUGGGAGAGUCCUUAAAGCGGUCUCCACACGUCACUGCCCCCCACAGUUCUGACCAUGAACUCCUCUGGCGGAAGGAGACAGGAAGCAGCAAGGCCCACGGGUAGAAGGGCUCACAGACCUCGGGAGCAGGACCCAGAUGUGCAGCUGUCCAAGGCUCUGUCCUAUGCCUUGCGCCACGGGGCUCUGAAGCUGGGUCUUCCCAUGGGGGCUGACGGCUUUGUACCCCUGGACACCCUCCUGCAGCUGCCCCAGUUCCGCAGCUUCUCCACUGAAGAUGUGCAGCGCGUGGUGGACACCAACGGGAAGCAGCGGUUCACCCUGCGGCCGGGAGGUCCCAGCACUGGCCCCCUCAUCCGAGCCAAUCAGGGCCACUCCCUACAGGUACCCGAGUUGGAGCUGAUGCCUCUGGAGACGCCACAAGCUCUGCCCCUGGUACUAGUACAUGGUACAUUCUGGAAGCACUGGCCAUCCAUCCUGCUCAAAGGCCUGUCCCGCCAGGGAAGGACACACAUCCACUUGGCUUCAGGACUGCCUGGGGACCCUGGCAUCAUCAGUGGCAUGCGCCCAAAUUGUGAAGUGGCCGUGUUCAUCAAUGGACCCCUGGCCCUGGCAGAUGGAAUCUCCUUCUUCCGCUCUGCUAAUGGGGUGAUCCUGACUCCAGGGAAUAAUGAUGGCUUCCUGCCUCCCAAGUACUUCAAGGAGGCCCUGCAGCUCAUCCCUACCCGUGAGAACUGCCUCCCACUCCCGGAAAGCCUCUGUCCUUGGCUGCUGAUACAGAGAGUGCCCCCAAGCACAGCCCCAGAAGAAGGAGGAUGACCCAACAAUAAAAUAUUUAUUUUAAAAAUUCAAAAAAA